AUAUUUAAAAUCUGCGAUUAAACUAGAUAAAGAAUUAGGAAAUACCAUUAAACUUUUUAUUGAUGAAAUUGAAAAAGAUAAUUUCACCAAUAUGAACUCUAAACAAUUAGAACUAGUUUGCGGACCUGUAAAAAAUUGUAAUAAAAAUUCAAAUAAAUAUUUCAACAUCAAACAUGUUCUGGAGGAUCUUGAUAAAUAUCACCAUAUUGCUACAAAACUGGUAAACUUAAAAACAUUAUUGGAAUCUCAGAAACCCGAUAAAAAUGUCAUGAAACAUUUGGAUGUUGAACUAAAUAAUACGCUGUUAAAUAUAAAACAACUUUUAUCUAUUCAACAUGAGUGGACUCGUUUAGAAGAUACUUUAACAGCUGAGCAAAAAUGGUUAGAUGAAGUUGGAGUGUCUAUUCUUGAUCUAACGAAAAUAACAUCAAUUAAUUACGUUCAAACGCUGUCCAACACUCAAAAUACAAUCAUAAAUGUGACUAUUCAUCACGACAAACUUAUAUAUUUGAAGCAUAUAAUAGAAAAACUCCAGAAUCAAAUUGAUAUGAAACCAUUAUUGUAUGUAUGUGAGCAGCAUACCAAUGACACAUUCAAAUUGAAGAAUAACUUAAAAGCAAAGGAAAUGCGUUUGAUAACUUUCAAGAAAAAAUUUGACAAGUACAGCGAUCUCAAGAACGAUAUUGAAUCAAGUUUGAAAGAUAUUACAGCAAAUCAGAAAAUCAUCGAUAACAAUAUAAUUCGAUACGAGUUGGAGAUUUUAGAAGAAUCUAUUAGAACUUGUUCCGAUAGUUUAAAUGAAUCACUCGAUAUCUUACCUAUCUCAAAUGGGCAAAGUGAAAUUGAAACCAUGAGGACAUUUGCAACAGAAUGUAAAACAUUAAAAGAUAAACUACAUAAAACAACGUUUACCGUGGACAAUAGUGAUAUUUCAAAAAUAUUUAAACACCUAGAAACCGCUUUAGAAAAACCAAAAGAAACGUUAUUGGACCAUAUUAAGGCACUUAAAGGUAUUUCAUUUGAAAUAAUGGCCGUCGAGAGUCUUGAGAAUAAUAACCAACAAUUGAGCGCCUUCAAAAGUCAAUGUAAUAGUCAACUAAAAGAUUAUUCAGAUUUGAAUAGUAAAACUGAAAUAUUACGUAAUUCAUUAUUCGAACUAACUAACGAUAUAAACAAUGUUGAUUUCACUUUUUCGAUAUUGGAAAAUGAAUCGCAUAAAGACAGGCACACUUCUGAAACAGCAAUAUUCAAAACGUACCUUCAAAUUUCGGACAAUAUCAAAAAUAUGCAACAAACGCUAUCGUUGACUUCUCAGCAGUUGAAACAAUUAAAAGAUAAUCUUAAACACUUUAAAAAAGACAGAAAAACAUUAGAAUCCGAAGUGAAUGAAGUUGAAAAACAGUAUAAACACUUAAAAACAAAACAUCAAAAUACACUCAAAACGUUAGAAAAUAAAUGCAACUUUUGGACAAUGGUCGAUGAGCUAUUAUUAAAAAUUAAAAUUAAAAAUAAUCAUAUAAACAAUUUAACUUUAAUCCCAUCGUACUCGGAUACUCUAGCUGGAAAACAUUUAGAAGCAAUAUUGAAGCACCUCAAGGAUGUACGCAGUUCUUACGACAAAGAGAAUAAAGCUAUUUUGGCUGAUAUUGAAACCCUGCAUAGGAAAGGAGACAAAGACCAAAUCGACGAAAUAAUUUAUGGCGAUCAAACGCAAUGGAAUGACACCGGAGUAGCUGUAAAACAAUUGGUAGAACGUUAUGAAAAGGCAUCGAAAACGUUACACAGUUAUCAACAACUUAAAGAGUCUACAAAUGAUUGGUUGAAUAAUAAACUUUUGUCGAUUGAAACUACAGAAGAUGUACCAGACAAUACAAAGUCAAUUGAUAAACAACAAGAAAAUCUUGUCGAAUUACGGAACAUGAUAACAGACGUAGCUGAAACCAUUGGAUUAAAUCCAGAUGACGUGCCGCUAAACGAAAUAGAAGAACUCAGUUUGAAACUAGAGAAAGUCCAAAAAGUUCUCGCCGCACUCGGAGAUGUUGCAGAUAAAAAAAACAAAAUAUCAGAUAAUAUCGAAGAUGCAAAACGACUUUUACAUAGUAUCGAAAAAAAUUCAUCUAAAUCUAUCAAGAACAAUGACGAGAACCUAAAGGAAUUAAGAAUUAAAUUAUUAGAUUUGAACAAAUCGAAAAAAGAGAUGGACGAAUCUUUCGAUAUAGAUAGCUUUGAAAUACCAUUAUGUGAAAAACGAACAUACUCUAUAAUCGAAGUAUUUCAGCUCUGGCAGCAAAUAUUCAAAGAAACUUUCAAUCAAUAUCGUAGAUUAUCAUGUUCUUUACUUGAAAAUGAAAACAAUGUCGCUAUAUUUGAACUAUGGCAUGACUAUUUGAUGUAUGUACAAGAAUUUUUAAAAUCUCCUGUUCCUGGUGACUAUCAUUCGCUAACAAGCCAUGAACGACUUUGUCAAGUACACCAAGAAGUAUUGAUCAGUCAGAUGGAUACUAUACCCAACUGUAUGAAUAAGCCAGACAUCAUCUCUGAGCCAGUAGCAAUGGAAAGAUUUAAAUCUUUAAUGGAUUUGCACAACGAAACCAUGACAGAACUUGAAAACACUCAUCAAGAAGUGUGGAUUAAACUGGGCCACUGGAAAGAAUACCGAACAAAUGUCAAAAAAUUAUAUGAUUGGUUAUGGAAAGUUGAAAAAGUUCAUUCAAAUUUAAAUCUUAAGUUUAUCAAUACCAAAAGGCUUCCACAAUUAAAAUCUCAAAUAACUAGUCUAUUAAAUAAGUUGGCUGUAGAACGUUCUCAAAUUAAAAACUUAGAAGAAUGUCAAAAUACCAUCUUCGCAUUCUGUGAUAAAUCUACGGAAACUGGAUACAGAAAAGAACUGAUAGCGAUUAGCCAACGAGCCAAUGAGAUUCAAGCGUCAUUAGAAGUUUGGAAUGGUUAUCUAGAAAACAUAGAAAAGCUUACUACCUCUUUUGAAGUUCAAAACGCAGAAAUAGAUAAAGUAUUACAAGAUGUGCAAACUAGACUUGAUACACUGAAAAAUGAAUUUGGAUCAAAUGAGGAUAUAGUACCAUCUGAUACAUUGAACACGGAGUCCAAAAAAAUACAGGAAUUAAAUAAAAGCUUAAAACAAUUAGAUCCGCAACUUUUGUCUAUUACAGAUAUACGGGACAAGUUAAAAGAUUCCUUAGAUCCUAAAGAAAUUCGUUUAUUUGGCCAAAAACUUAGAUUUUUAAUAUAUCACCAAAAGGAUUUACAAUAUCAAUUGUUCUUGUACUCUUGUCAAAUAGACAAUAUGUUGUAUAAACCCCAAGAAUUCACUUAUAGAUACACUAGAUUUAAGAAUUGGACUAUUGAUACCGAAAAUCAGUUGAAAAAUUUAACUAAAUCUUUGAAAAAUCCACAAUUUGCUAUUGAUGUAUUAAAACCUGAAUUUGAAUCUCAGAUUAAUUCUAAACAAAAAGAAUUUAAUUGGUUAAAUGGAGCUGGAAAUCAACUGAUUAAAGCAGAAUCCCAAUUGAAUCCUCAACUAGCAAAAACUACUGAAUCUUGUUUAAAAGAGAUCAAUGAAAACUGGAAUAAUUUAAAUGGUUCAUUGUAUAAAUAUACUGUUGAAUUACCUACAACAAUUUUGAACACAAAUAAAUUGUUUGAUAAACUCAAUGCCUUCAAAAUUUUGAUCAGCGACUUAGAAUCAAAAAUAAAUAACACAAUAGUUUUUAACAAUCGUUCAGAAUAUAACUUAAAAGAAGAAUUGAAAUGUUUAGAUGCAUUAAAUAAUACAUACAAAGAAAAACAAGGAGAAUAUAACGAAUUAAUAGCUGCAUGUAAUGAACAACUAAAAAGCGAUGAGAACACAAAUGAUUCUGAUACUACUCAAGAUUUGCAGUGCCCGUCGAAAACCUUACCUAUCAGCUGGAAGAGUUUAGAAAAUAAAAUUAGCGAUAAACGUAUUCGCGUAUUAAGUGCAUGGGAGGAACUGCAAACUAUACUUGGCUUAAUUGAUGCAGAUACAAAAUGGUUGAAUCGGUUAAAUAUUACCGUCGAAGAACAUAAAAAAAAGAAAUUUGUAGAACAUAAAAGUUUGUCUGGUUUAAUCAGUAAUUUUGAAGAACAACUAAACGCAAAAGACAAGUUUUCUAAGUUAGAACUCGCUGUUUCUAUAUCUCGUUCUACAUAUACUGCAAAGUUCAUUGACGAAGAAAUAGAAAUAAUAAGUAAAAAACGAGAAUCUCUGUUGGAACAAAUCAAUAUGAUACUUAUCGUUCUUAAAAAAUCAUUAACAUUAUGGAAAGAUUUCAUUAAUGCACAUGGAAGGGCUGUAGUGACCCUAACUCAAGUCGAUACUAAACUGAUUCAACUUGAGUUGUUAGAUAAAUCUGACAAUGAUGAUGAAGGAAAUAUACAUGUUAUGGAGAAAAACCUUGGAAAUUUACAGAUAUUAGAAAUGGAGUUGAAAAAAUAUGGAGGACUUCUCGAGAAAGCAGAUGCAUUAGGUCUGCAAUUAAUGACUAAUAGUACUCCUAGUGAUAUAAAAAAUAUUCAAGAAAUGAUUGACGAGUACCAACUUUUAUGGAAAGACAUCAACAAUCGUAUUGAAAAAUUAAAGGUUACGUGUGUUCAAGAAACCUCGUGUAGAAAGAAGCGAUCGGUAAACGAAGAAGUUCAAGUAGAAACAUUGAAGAUUGGCAAAGAUUCACAAAUACAAGUCGAUACUCUUCCAACUGAAUUACUCAGAAAAGACUCAUUCCAUUACGAAUUACAAACAGCGAUAGCAAACGCUGCUACCAACCUAAACGAGUUGGAAUUAGCUAUACAAAAGUCUGACAAGAACUUAUCGAAAAACAUUGCGACGUGUCAAAUGUCCAUAGACCUGAUCAAACAUCUCAGCGUCAUAUUAAAAACACAAUGUGGAGUCUCCGAGUCCGACAUAACCAUAAUCAGGUCUGAAGAGUUAUUGACCAAGUACGAGGAGCUUCUUGUAAAUUUCCGAUCACAGCAGCAAGACGGUCCACCAAAAAGUAAUAGUUCGGCGAUGUGUCCAUUGUGCUCCGAACAAAACUGGUCACAGUUCGAAAAUGACAUGUGGCGCUUAGAACACUGGAUACAGUCGACCGAAGCUAAGCUGAGCGUCCAACCGAUGGUACCACCAUCUAAAAUUGAACAACUAGAAGACGUCAUACAAGAACACAGGGAACUCCUGUUGUACUUGGACAGUCACCGCAAUAUUGUGCAGUCGUUGAACGUAAUUGGACACCAUUUGGCCGAACAUAGCAAUGAUGAGGAAAGAGCAGCUCAAAUCAAGAACCGUCUAUCUGCAACCAAUUCUAGAUGGGAUCGUGUCUGUUUUGCGUGCACUGAAUGGCAAACCAAAUUGCAAACUGCACUUAUGGAGAACGAUGAGUUUUACGGCGUAAUUGAUGAACUCGUCGAUUGGCUUGACGAAACAGAACGAGCGAUCAAGACGACCGAACCGGUAGACCUGGCCGAAGACACAGUUAUCAUUAUGGACAAAUUCAACAAGUUUAAGAACAUGCACGCGGAACUGGAGAGGUGCGAACCACGAGUGGUGUCGCUGCUCGAAGCAGCCGACUGGCUACGUCAGGCCAACGAGAAGACUGGCGCCGCGACGCGCUCAGCUUCCGUCGUAGCCUCCGCAUCCGAUCAGACCAUCGUCGACUCUCACGCAAGACUGUCACACCUCAGGGCCCGGCUCACGGUGUUAAUAAACAUGACGGCUAGCUACGCAACGAAACUGGGCACAACUUUGGGCUACGAUAUGUCGCCGGACAACGUUUGCGUAAGACUCCACCAGGUGGACGAUACCAGCACUGCUAUGAAUCGAUCCAACGAAGAAGAACUGAACACAAAUGCUGGCGGAGAUGAGACGGUGCUGAGACGUGGCUACAGAUUCUUCGGACGGGUGAUGCGAGCGUCUCUGCCAUUCCAGGUGUUGAUGCUGCUGGUCCUAGGCGCAGCUUCUCUGGUUCCGAUCGUCGACGAGGAGUUCAGCUGCAUGGAGUCCAACAACAUCGCUUGGAGCCUUUACCCGUUGCUCCGCUACCCUGGCGGACCACCACCCGUAUAGAACAACCCCGAUAACCACCUCGUCACCCACACACCACACGAUCAUACGUGUCUCCGUCCUCCCACCACCACCACAAUCACCCACAUCGAUCAAUAUUUGGACCUUUAUUGUCAUUACUUUUUAUAAUUUUUAUUCUUAUUAUUAUUAUUAUUGUUUUACCAUUAUUUCUAAACGCACCCAUACACAUCACCGAGUUGAAAUCCUUUAUGAUAUAUUGUUAUGUUCGCCGUUUGUAAUAUUGUUUAGGUUAUGUACCUUGUACCUCCGUCGUCUCAAUGAACGAAUAGCGAUGACAGUGAUUAAACAAAGCAUAUGUCAUUAGAUUAUUGUAAGCCUAUUUUCGAAAUGUAUUUUAGACGUACAAGAUAUAUUGUCAUGUAAAACGAACGCUUUAAACAUUUCCUAAGUUUGUCCUUAGAUAAAGUGCUUUAAGUACUUUAUACAGUGUACCUACCUCUUACCGUCGCCGAUUUUGUUUUUAUUAUUGGUAAUUUAGUAUGACACGUUCGUCUAUAAUAUAGUGUAAUUGACAGUAAUUUU